AUGAUGUUGGAUUCAGGCGUCUCUCAUUCAGCACAAGCGAACGAUAAUAAUCACAGUCCAGUCAUGGACUGUGAUUCGAUGAACAUUGUGACGCCCGUCUCCAAAACCGAGCAUACCAGCUAUUCCACUGGGUCCCUGAAGGAACUCUUUCGCUCUAUCGUGACCGUUCAAGAUAGAUACUCCAUCAACAGCCUUCUCAGCGAUGCACAGCAUGAACUGAAAUCCUACGAGCACGAGAUUCACCGGUUGAAGGCGACGGUCAUGGCACUAGAAUCUAAAAGGGAUUGGUUGAAGCGAUCGAUUACGCGCUAUCGUUCCUUACUGGCCCCGAUACGCACCCUUCCUCCAGAAAUUUUAACGAAUAUAUUCGCGCUUUGCUGCGAGGAGAAUACGCUGGACAUAGAGCGUGCAUCUCCUGUCGUCAUCCUCUCCAUGGUCUGCGCGCAAUGGAGGGAGAUCGUUGUUUCCACCCCACGCCUAUGGUCUUCGCUUUGCAUCGAUUUCCAGCAUUGGGAUGUGGUGGCAGAUCGUGUUGCGCUAGAACGAAUGACAAGACUUUUCCUGAAGCGUUCCAAAAAAUCACCCUUGAAAUUGGUAUUACAACUACCGGAAUCGAAGAACCGCGAUUUCCAUACGGCUUCCACGUUAGACGCCCUGGUUGACACCGCUAACCGUUGGCGCGAUGUCACUCUUUUCUCACCGUGGAAUGUAGGACCGAGUAGGCCUAUAUUACAAGGGCUCCGAGGCCAACUUCCUAAUCUUAGCUCCCUUCAUCUCAAUGGGACUGGACCAGACGACGUCAAAUUCGAUUUCUUCAGUAGUUGUCCAUCUCUUCACUCUCUUCGCAUCCAGCCUGGCGACGAUCCCUAUGGUCCUGAAUACCCAACACCAAGACUCAUUCUGCCAUGGGAACAGAUAACGUCCCUAAAGAUGUACAAUUCCUUCGCCCCAUCUGCUUUAUCACUUUUAUCGCAAUGCUCCAACGUCGAGUACCUCGAGCUUUCUCUAGUUGGUGGAGGACCAAAUUACUCUGCAGACAUCGUUUCAGAUGCUUUACGGUGUUUGACAAUCGAAGCCCGUGAACAAGACGAUGUUUCGUGCAUUUUCCAGUCGUCCACACUCCGCAAUCUGUCUGUCAUCGACAUUUCCGGGGAUAUCGCAGAGCCGACCAGAGAUUGGAUCUCCUGGGACGGCGGACCGUUAACGGACUUCAUCCGACGCUCGUCAUGUACGAUUACAUCUUUUCGGUUGAAGUGGGUUCCUAUUAAGGAUGUCCAAUUGAUCUCGUUGCUCGAGUUGAUGCCUGCUCUGAGGAGUCUCCGGAUAGAGGAAUAUACGACGGAACAGACGAGUGUACCGUUCAAUCGAGUGGUCAAUCAACGAUUUCUUGGUCAUCUCGCUCUAGAACGGGACGCGGAUUCAGAAUAUCGUUCAUCCAAGUCGUUGUUCUUACCUCGCCUGACGGACUUGUCUUUGGUUAUGCACAAUGAUAAUAUGGAUGCGGGGGCUUUGGUGCAGGCUGUAUCGUCUCGAUGGCUCCCUGAUCCAGAGCAUGCGUCGGUCAUUGGUGCAGAAUGUAUACAGUCUUUGGCUGUUGUGGUUAUUGGGGAGGACGGAGAUUCGUGUACUAGUCUUGAGAUACUAUCGACGUUGGAGUGUCUACGGACUACAGGUGGACGUGUGAAUAUCUCGAGCAGGCUCUAG